CAUCUCAGCAGACAUGAAGACGAAUCCAAAUUUCAGCAUGACUAUAGACUGAUCAAUUUUUCCGAAACGCACGUCCGCUUAGGGAUAAGUUGCCCAAUCAUUGAACAUGGGUCAAGGUUACUCCAUGACCACGCUUUCGGCGGCGUCGGCCAGUAUCGACGUCCCUGAGUUGGUCGACCUUGUUCAUGAGAAGACUUUGGCAUCGGCUCGGUUCAUGAAAAGCAUAAGGGCACGCAGCCAACAGGGUUUCGUCUUCGUCAAGGCCGUUAUGAAGCCGUAUUCAUCGUUCCAAGUACACGAAUAUGUCCGCCAAAUCACCGAGGAGAGGAAUAUCCUGGCCGAGAUCCCCAAUACGCUGGGCUAUCAGCGAAUUGUCGAAGUCGGAAGUGGAGGUUUUCUGGUCCGACAGUACAUGUUCAACUCAGUCUACGAUCGGCUAAGCACGCGACCGUUCCUAGAAGAUAUCGAAAAGAAGUGGUUGGCAUUUCAACUACUGUGUGCGGUCAGGGACUGCCAUGCUCGAAAUGUAUUCCAUGGAGACAUCAAGACGGAAAACCUUCUUGUCACUUCCUGGAACUGGUUGUACCUUACCGACUUCUCGUCCUCGUUCAAGCCUACCUAUCUACCAGAAGACAAUCCAGCCGAUUUUUCCUUUUACUUCGACACAUCGGGGCGUCGAACAUGUUACAUCGCUCCAGAAAGGUUUACGGACUCCGAGUCUGACGAGAGACAAGAUGGGCUCAAUUGGGCAAUGGAUAUCUUCAGCGUUGGUUGCGUUAUCGCCGAAAUAUUCCUUGAGGGACCAAUCUUCUCUUUGAGCCAGAACUUCAGGUAUCGCAAGGGAGAGUACAGCCCUGAGCAUACCCAUCUCAACAAGAUCGAUGAUCCCGAAGUGCGAGCAAUGAUCCUGAACAUGAUCGAUUUGGAGCCGGAGAAGCGUUACAGCGCUGAGCAACUCCUUUUGGUUUACCGUUCUAAGAUCUUUCCGGAGUACUUCUACAGCUUCUUACAUCAAUACAUGUUGGAUCUCACGAAAUCUGCAAGUGCAGCAAAACCUGUCGGACUAGACGUGGAGAGUCUCACAGAAUGCGACGAAAAGAUCAAUCGUGUUUACUACGAUUUUGACAAGAUAUCGUUCUUCCUCGGAUAUGGCCCGAGCCCAACAGGGAAGACUACAAAGUCAUCUCUGGCUCUCCGGUCGAAUAACAAGCUGAAAGCUGCGGAGUCUGAUCCCAGCUUGUAUGACGGAAGCUUGAUUUUUCUCACUCUGGUCGUUUCAAGCAUGAGAAACACCGCAAAAGCGUCAGCAAGACUGAAAGCCUGCGAUCUGCUCGUUGCUUUUGCAGAGCGACUUCCAGAUGAGGCCAAACUUGAUCGCAUAUUGCCUUACAUCAUCGGACUGUUGUCAGACGAUUCCGACGUCGUUAAGGCUGCAGCGAUCUAUGCAAUGACUUCGCUAUUCGAGAUGAUCGAAGUCGUAUCGCCAAUCAACGCAUACAUCUUCCCCGAGUACAUCUUUCCGAAACUACGAAAUUUUGUGCUCAGUCCUACAGACCAGCAAACCCAGCAAAAACAGCCAAGCACCCUGGUUCGUGCCGCGUACGCUUCCUGUCUGGCGUCGUUAGCGCUGUCAUCGUCCCAAAUCUUGGAUAUGGUGCAUGCCAUUCGCGCUGAUGGCCGAUUGCCCGCCCUACGCGAGGACGAGUUGGCACCCGAGUCAUCAUAUCACGGCCUGUAUGAUGUGGCUCGGGCGGAGUUGAUUCCCCAUUUCGAAGAAACAACGGUUGCGCUCAUCACGGACCCUGAACCCUCCGUACGACGAGCCCUGCUUGGAUCAAUCUCUCUUCUAUGCGUUUUCUUCGGGAGCUCUAGAGCGAGCGACGUAAUACUGACGCAUCUCAAUACCUAUCUGAACGACAAGGACUGGAUCCUUCGAUGCUCCUUCUUCGAGGCACUUGUUGGGGUUGCGUCGUAUGUGGGCACAUCAAGUCUCGAGAAAUUCAUUCUUCCGAUCAUGGUGGGAUCUCUGACCGAUCUGGAGAAUUUCGUGGUCGAGAAAGUGUUCCGGUCGCUAGCGAGAAUGGCAGCUUUGGGGCUGUUCCAGAAAGCUACGACCUGGGAGCUUGUUGGCAUCGCUGCAAGGUUCAUGGUCCAUCCAAGUCUAUGGGUCCGCGAAAGCGCCGUACAGUUCAUUGUCCUGUCUGCCAAGUACAUCUCCGCAGCUGAUCAAUACUGCAUCGUCCUACCACUGAUCCAACCAUUCUUGAAGAGCCGACUCCAAAUACUGACGGAAGAGCGAAUCCUCGACAACCUGAAACGUCCGCUGCCAAAGUUUGUGUUUGAUGCGGCCAUCAAUUGGGCUACCCGGAAAGGAAACAGCUUGUUCUGGACUGCAGCCAGUCGUGACGGUGCUCUAAGUCUUUCUGAUCCAACCACACCUCAGAACCCAUCAACGCUAUCAAAGAGGCUGCUAACACGGAUACCACCUUCUCAGAAGGACAAGGAUGAUCAGACCUCCCUCGAAUCCCUCAAGAAUCUAGGCAUGACGCCCGACGACGAGAUCAAGUUGCUUGCUUUACGUGAAUACAUACUGAGAGUGUCGAAACACAAACCUUCAGAAGGCGCGGACGAAAGACCGCGGAUGCUGAACAACAUUGUAGCACUGAAUCAGAUCGGUGCUACGCCGCAAAAUGUUUUCUUCGACCAACGCGAAGCUCUUCGUCAAAUCAGAAGUCGACCGAGUGCUAUUCAACGUGAUUCCACGAAGGAUGCACGACACAGCUUGGCCGACGCUCUCCUGGAUGCUUCCACAAGUAUGGAUAACAAAGCCGCCGGACUAAAAUCACCCUCCAUUGGCAGCGGAGCACAAACACCGUCUACAAGGCCUAUCGAGAUUCAAAGUCAAGCGCUUGCCACUACCAAUGGUGGGCCGUCGCUUCGUCUGGAGAGAGCAAGUGCUUCUCCCAGACCCAGCCUUUUGUCCGACAGGGCUUCACCUAUCGGCAGUGCCGACAGACUAUCAUUGCGCCGUCAUACGCAAGCUGAUCUCAGACACCAACAUAGUGGCAUCAAUCUGCUAAAUCGAGCAGAUGCCGCCAAGGCGGAUGCUGAAAUCUCCACGAUCUCAGAGAACGCCCUAGGCAGAGUCGAUGGCCCUCCGCACCGCCGAAGCACGGCUGGACCAUCGUCCUUGACUGUGGCUGCCAAGCUAGCUGAAAAGUCAAGAUCCGUUUCACCCAGAAGUGGAGGCUCCCGUACGCCGCAGCACGAAACAAAUCAUUCUUACACCGGAAAUGAUCCUAAUGUUCUGCGGUUGCUUGGUCAACAUUUUGUGGAAAACUUCCCUGUCGACCAGAUGGAUUUUGGCGGAAACCGACCGUCGGCCAAUACUAGGACUCCCAUCAAAAGAGCAACGGACGUGUUUCAGCAAAACAAUGGUAGAGCAACACAACAAGAACAGGCAUUUCGUGUUGAUCUGUGGCGUCCGUCAGGUCAAUUGCUCACACAGUUUGCGGAACAUACUGCUGCGAUCAGUCGUGUCUGUGCAGCACCUGACCACGCUUUCUUCGUGACAGCAUCGGAUGACGGGACUUGUAAGGUUUGGGACACCAUCAGACUGGAGAAGAAUGUGACGCCUCGUUCUAGGUACACUCAUCGACACGCUGAGGGGACCCAAGUCAAAAGUCUCUGCUUUGUGGAAUCUAGCCAUACGUUCUUGAGCGGUGCCGACGAUGGGACUAUUCACGCGGUACGAGUGGACUACAAGAGCGUGGAAGGCGGUGAGAACUCCCGGUACGGCAAACCAAUCCUGGUAAGGGAUUUCCAGAUUCCCUCCCAAAAGACGCAGAGAAACGCGGGCAGUACUGGGAAUAUCGGCCCCGAGUCCACUGCCGAGCACGCUGUCUGGCUUUACCAUUAUCGGAACCAAACAUCGCAGUCUAUCUUGCUGGUUGCAACAAAUGAAUGUCGCGUCCUCGCCAUUGAUAUGAAGAACAUGGAAAUCAUCACUAGCAUGGAAAAUCCUGUGCAUCAUGGCACACCUACCACGUUCUGCGUGGACAAGAAGCACCAUUGGCUUUUGUUGGGUACCACUCAUGGAAUACUUGAUCUCUGGGACUUGCGGUUCAAGCUCCGAUUACGCAGUUUCGGUAUCCAGACAAACUCCAGGAUAGACCGUCUCCUAUUGCAUCCGACCAAGGGACAUGGUCGGUGGGUUAUGGCCAGUGCAGGUGGUGAAAUCAGCGUCUGGGAUAUCGAGAAGCUGGUCUGCCGGGAGGUAUGGAGACCGAGCACGUUCGCCGCCUCGAGUACGUCUCGGGCAUACGAGACCUGGUCCCCUGACGAUGAAAAGAGCGAUAAGAUCCUCUCGCGCUUCGCUGGUGAGGUAACAAAAGACGACACUGUUGUCGAACCACAACUGCGCCCAGACGGUGGCAACGCAUCCAAUGGCUCACCGAUCAAACCUCGAUCUGGCGCCGAGAAUGCUGGGUCUCCAGUGAAACCUGCUCCGGCUUCGGCAACGAUGCCAGCAGUGCACAUCAUGUAUGAUUACCUUUUGAACUCGUCCCAGCCCGACAACCCGUACAAACAUGCUCUGCUCUUUACUGGCGGCAGUGAUCGCGACCUGCGGUAUUGGGACAUCCAGCGACCCGAAAACAGCUUCAUCAUUUCCGGGCCGGAACUUCAUAACGAAGACGCGGCGACUGUGAAAGCGAAAUACGAAGUCACCCAUCCAUUGGCCUUGAGUGCGGGUGCGCAAAUAGCGCUGGUACAGGAGAAACUGGAUGAUGAGGCUUCGGCCAGUGCUACUACACGAGGCACGCCUAAGAAGCCCGCACGUUCGGCGAAGGAUUCAGUUGCACCUGGCAGACCGGGCAGCCCAGCUGUGCCCACGAGGACUCCGUCCAAGGCGUCCUCGGCGGGAUCGGCGUCAACGAAGCCGCUACGCACGACGAUCAUUAGCGCGGCACAACAGCAAGUGCUCCGGACUCACAUGGAAGGUAUCACAGAUGUAAUUGUGCUUCGGAAGCCGUAUGGAUGUGUGGUCAGUGUUGAUCGAGCUGGGGCGGUGUUUGUCUUUCACUAAAUGACAUCCCCGGAAACAAUGGUAGACCUGGACUAGAUUUUCGAUAGACCGCCAGUCCAACUUCCCAGACACUUGGCCCAAAAGAGUACGUCCAGUACAAUGUUU